CUGUGCACACCCAGCGCCCGCAGUGUCCCAGCCUCCAGCCUGAGCCUGCCCCUGCCAGCCUGGCCUGAGCAAAAUGUCGGUCUCCGGCAGCAGACAGAGCUUCAAGAGCAGCUCCUACCGUGGUGCUCCCCGCACCUUCAGCAGCCGCUCCUUCACCUCCAACUUCACCCGGGCUUCCCCGCCCGUUGCCAGCAAUGCCCGGGUGGAUGCCAGGGGGCUCCGAGGCCCUGCGAUGGGCCUGGGCGCCGGUGGUGGCAUCACAGCUGUGAGCAUCAACCAGAGCCUGCUGGCGCCCCUGAACCUGGAGAUCGACCCCAACAUGCAGCAGGUGCGGACCCAGGAGAAGGAGCAGAUCAAGAGCCUCAACAACAAGUUUGCUUCCUUCAUCGACAAGGUCCGGUUCCUGGAGCAGCAGAAUCAGGUGCUGGAGACCAAGUGGAGUCUGCUGCAGGGCCAGCGCACGACCCGCAGCAACAUGACGGGCAUGUUCGAGGCCUACAUCACCAACCUGCGCCGGCAGCUGGAGGGGUUGGACCAGGACAAGUUGCGGCUGGAGUCCGAGCUGGGCAAUGUGCAGGGCCUGGUGGAAGAGUUCAGGAGCAAGUAUGAGGAUGAAAUCAAUCACCGCACUGAGAAGGAGAACGAAUUCGUGCUGCUCAAGAAGGACGUGGACGAGGCUUACAUGAACAAGGUGGAGCUGGAGUCCCGCCUGGAGGGCCUGACCGACGAGAUCAGCUUCCUGAGGCAGCUGUACGAAGAGGAGCUGCACCAGUUGCAGUCUCAGGUCUCCAAUACCUCCGUGGUCCUGUCCAUGGACAACAACCGCAGCCUGGACAUGGACAGCAUCAUCGCUGAUGUGCGAAACCAGUACGAGGACAUCGCCAACCAGAGCCGGGCGGAGGCUGAGGGCAUGUACAAGAUCAAGUAUGAGGAGCUCCGCAACACAGCCAGCAAGCACGGGGACGACCUCCGAAACACCAAGGCCGAGAUCUCCGAGCUCACCAGGACCAUCCAGCGCAUGCAGGCGGAGAUAGAUGCUGUGAAAGGCCAGCGGGCCAACUUGGAGGCGGCCAUCGCUGAGGCUGAGGAGCGUGGCGAGAUGGCCGUCAGGGAUGCCCGUGGCAAGCUGGCCGAGCUGGAGGCCGCCCUGCAGAAGGCCAAGCAGGACAUGGCCCGCCAGCUGCGGGAGUACCAGGAGCUGAUGAACGUCAAGCUGGCGCUGGACAUUGAGAUUGCCACCUACCGCAAGCUGCUGGAGGGCGAGGAGAGCAGGCUGGAGUCUGGGAUGCAGAACCUCAGCAUCCAAACCAAGACCACCAACUAUUCAGCUGGGCUGGGCAGAGCAUUCGGUGGCUAUAACAGUGGCUAUGGUAGCUCACUCUCAAGCAGUAUCUACUCAGUGAACUCCCCCCUGGAGAGUGCAGCUGUCACCAAGUCCAAGGCCAUCGUCAUCAAGAAGAUCGAGACCAGGGAUGGGAAACUGGUGUCCGAGUCCUCGGACAUCCUGUCCAACUGAGCAUGACCGACCGGUCCUCUCCUCUGCCUCAAGUGCCUUCACGGAUGACCUGGGCUGCUGGGAAAGCCGGGACACGGAAACAUGGGGUACUCAGAGAUGGUACCCCAUGAUAAUCUGGGGUGCUGGCUUUGAUGACCCUCUCCAUUUCUGCCUUCCAUUUUCCUUGUCCCCCCCACCCGAACCCCUCCCAGCUGCUCAGACCAGCUUGCGGGGAGCCAAGUGUUGCAGCCAGUGCUGCUCAGAGCUGAGGAAGCUCCUGGGGUCAGAGCCACAGAGGGGCCUGGGGCACAAUCCCUGCACAACUAUCAUUGAUGUGGCAUUGCUCUGGUGUGAUGCCAAGCCUAGAGGCAAGGAUCCAAAGCUGUUCCCCUAGCUCCAAACAUCCCAGGGCUGUGAGGGUGUUUGCAGAUGGGGUCUUGGGCAUUGCUAGUGGCCCCCUGUUUUGUCACAGCACAACGCCACGAUUGUGGCCCUCUCCGUCCCCUUGUGACCCACCAUCUCCCACACCCCUGUGGGGUGGUCUCCCAGUGCCUCGUGUUUUCUCUGCCCCAUCUCCUGGCUGUUUGGGGUGGGGGAAGCUGCCAUUGUAUUCCCCGUGGGUCAGCGACUGAGGCUCUCCUUGCUAGGCAUCCAGGCAAGAGGAGACCCACUUGGACCCACGGGACACGUCCAGGGCUCCAGGUUCCAGCUGGGGCAUCGCCAGCUCAACGCUUUGUCCACACAACUGUGAUAAACCUUUCUGGGGUGGAAGAUGAAGCAACAAAGCCCCUCUGUGAAACCCCUCCUGCCCUUCUGCUCCCCGGUACGCAGAAGGCAGGAGGGGAGGGGAAAUGGAAGGAAAAUCCCCCUUUUAUUGGAGCUACAAGGUUGGGGGUGGUGGUGAGAAGCUGUUACUGCCUCUGCCCUCUUUUGUUCCCUUUCCUGCACUGCUCUGCGUGUUCUCAGUCUGGCAAUAAAUCUGUUACGGACAAAA